CCUGCAGCUGGCAACAUGGCAAAAUGUACCAAGAAGGGGGAAUUGUUGGUAAAUAUGGAACAUGUUAUGGUGCAUCCCUCAGAAAAAUGGUGAAGAAAAUUGAAAUUAGCCAGCAAACCAAGUAUAACUGCUCCUUCUGUGGCAAGACCAAAAUGAAGAGACAUGCUGUGGCUAUCUGGCAUUGUGAAUCAUGUAUGAAAACAGUAGCUGGUGGUGCAUGGACCUAUAAUACCACCUCUGCAGUCACAGUCAAAUCUGCCAUCAGAAGAUUGAAGGAAUUGAAAGACAAGUAA